CGGUGGCAGCCGCGGCGGUGACGAGCAAGGGGCCUAGAGCACUCCGUAUCUUUUGUUUUGCGUUUUCUAAUGUGGGCCGUGUUGAGUAUAUGGGCUGAGACAAAAGCGGCUUCCAUGCAUAUUUUGCUGCACCGUUGGAUGACCAAUGAACGUGAUCGGACAUAAGUACGUCCCUCUUACAUAGAAACCAAUACGUUAGAGGAUCUCGUUCCCUCAUCCAAACCCUACCCCAACCCAGCCGCCGCCCAUGGAGGCUGCGGCCACCGCCCAAAAGGGUAAACCGAUCUAAUCGAGGGCCAAGAACCCCUGGGGAGUGGCAACGGCAUGGGCGAAAGCAGCCUAGACCUCAUCAGCCGGCUCCCCGAUGAGGUUCUGGGCACAGUCAUCUCCCUCCUCCCCACCAAGGACGGCGCCCGCACGCAGGCCGUCUCGCGCCGGUGGCGUCUUCUCUGGCGAGCCGCGCCUCUCAACCUAGGUGCCGGCAGCGACCUCAGUCGCCAGGAUCGGAAGCGAGUCGGUAUCGUCUCCAAGAUCCUCUCCAAACACCCGGGCCCCGCCCGCCGCUUCGCUCUCCCCUACAUCCGCCUCCGCGAUCGCUACGCCAGGAUCGGCGGCUGGUUGCGCUCCCGAGCCCUCACCGGCCUCCGGGAGAUCGAGUUUGGCUACGAGAUCGAGAACCCGUGGCUGCCCUACCCACUACCGCCAUCCGUGUUCCGCUUCGCACCCACCCUCUGCGUCGCCAGCAUCAGCUACUGCGACUUCCCCAGAGAGAUGGCACCACUGCUCAAGUUUCCCUGCCUCAAGCUGAAGCAGCUCUCCCUGUGCUGCGUCCUCGUGUCACAAGAAGCUCUUCACAGCCUGCUCUCUUGUUGCCCUGUUCUUGAGAGCCUCUCACUGGACAAGAAUGUCGGCGUUGGUUGCCUCCGCAUUAACUCGCCCACUCUAAGGAGCAUUGGCAUCCGUGAUUAUUGCUAUGGGAGAGUAGUGGAAAAUCCUAUCAAACUCCGAGAUCUCAUUAUAGAAUAUGCCCCUUGCCUUGAAAGAUUGUUACCACUUUACCGGGGGGAUCCAUGGGGGGUCGAUGGUCUGAUAACAAUCCGGGUAGUGCGGGCACCAAAACUAGAGAUAUUGGGCUUGUUGUCCUGCGCGAUCACUAAACUCGAACUUGGAACCGCUGUUUUUCAAGAAAAUGAUUGCCCAAAGCUUGACAACCUUGAUGUGCACGGUAAAGGUUUUGGCCCUUGACUCUAGGGGGCCUAAUCUGGACUCGGUUGUUGACUUCCUCAAGUGUUUCCCCUGCUUGCAGAAGCUGUAUAUCGUGGUGAGUAUUUGUCUUUGCUUGCUUCAUGUGCCAGUAAUGUAAUCCAGUGAGCUGCUGUGUAA